CCCGUCAGCGGACUUUUGAAAAGAAGUGUUCAUUCAAACGAAGCUUGAACGCACUUGUCCUCCUCCCGGCAUCUUUCCAACAACGAGUUCACGACAGUCAUGGCGUCACCACCGUCCCUCUUCGACGAGCUAUUCCUGCGGCGCAGGCCGUCACAGCCCGGGUCGGUGUUGCAUCCGUUUCUCAGAGAGCCAGGAAUCAUUGGAACCGACGAAGAAGACCGUUUUGAAGGGUCACCCCUUUCUCGCAAGAGCUCACUGGCAAAGAGGAGUGCAGAAGAUGCUGCAGGUGUCAUUAGAGAGGGAGGGCGCAGGCCGAGUGCGACGCCGGCAAGCCCGGCCAGCUCUGGAAACGGCGAAGUGCGACGACCUAGUGUCAUUGACUCUCGGAAGGGGAGCUUAUCGCACAUAAUAACUGUACGUCCAUCAGUGGGAGCCUCUCAGCGACUGUCGCCGGUCGAUGCGUCGGAAGAGGGAGCAGCAGAGCGAACAGCUGCGGAUGCUCUAGGCGACUUGGGUCAUGUGCACCACCACCACCACUUCCCGCAACCCCAUGUCCCCGUACGAAGUCACAGUGCAGAUGAACAGAUUGUCACUCCUCCGGUCCCGGCUCGCACGCCAACUGUUCAGUGGGUGGAUCAAUCAUCAAGGUCGCCACCGUUACCCACCCGAACCCCCAGCAAUGAAAGUAAAGAAAGUAAAGGCACAUCGACAGCAGAUCUACCAUCCAGCCCUACAGUCGCGAGGCAAUUCGGUGUAAUUGGAACACAGUGGGACCCCUCAACAGCGAAAGCUCGUCCUCAGAUGACUUCAAUUGCGCGUAUCCUCGCUUCUGGGACAAGAUUUGGGAGCACCGCUGCUGAUAACGAUCUGACCGUGCGGACGGCUCCGCCGGGGUUUGACAUGGAAAGGAGGGGAACAACAGCGUCGUGCUCUACUUGUGAUGGAAAGGGCGGAGAGCCACCAGCGAAGGAGUGGAAGGACCAAAGGUCCGAACAUACCAUGAUUAGCGGCUUUGUCAACGCGGAUAUGCUCAAACUCCGCGACUUCCUGAUAAAACUCUCCCGCGCCUUCGCCAUGUACGGCGCCCCAUCCCACCGCCUCGAAUUCCACCUCCGAUGCGUCGCGGACGCGUUGGAAGUCGAAGGCAACUUCUUCGUCAUGCCCGGAAUGAUCCUCAUCAGUUUCGGAAACGACGACCACUCAUCCAGCACCCACCUUGUCCGCGCGCCGCAGGGCUUCAACAUGUGGAAGCUGUCCGCUAUCAACAUGUUGUGUCGGCAACUGACAGAGGGACAGGUUCUCAUCCAGGAAGCACUCGACCGACUGGUGGAGAUCAGAUCACAGAAGGAAUACAAAUCUUGGGUGUUCCUGUCAACCUUCCCGGUUUCGUCGUGGGGUAUUGCGAUCAUCGGGUUCAACGCCAACUGGGGCGAGGCGCUGAUGGCUGCUAUUUUGGCGACCAUGGUUGGCCUGUUUUCGUUGGCGGCGGAGCGGUUGCCGUCAUUUACGUACUUGCUGGAGUUCUUCUCGGCCCUCGUGGUUGGCAUCUUGGUCAGGGGCUACAAGCACCUGUCGGGAGAUGGAUGUGUGGAUGAGACGGUCGUAACUUUGUCCGCUUUGGCUAUCUUGCUACCGGGAUUGAGCUUGACGAUCUCCAUCAUCGAAAUCUCCACACGUAACAUGGUUUCUGGCUGUGUACGUCUCUUCCACGCCCUCUUCACAGCCAUGCUCCUAGGCUUCGGCAUGUCAGUCGGCCCCCUCCUUAUCGACUCCGAAAACAAGGACAUGAACCGCUCCGCCACAUGCACCAACUUCCCCUCCCAAUACUGGUUCUUCCUCUUCUACCCCAUGAUGGCCGUCGCCAUCUGCAUCUUCUUCCAAGCUCGCCCCAAACAAUGGCCUAUCAUGAUCUUCGUCUCCGUCCUCGGCUUCGUCACUUACUUCUUCCUUAACAAGGUCGACUCGAUGAAGAAUAACGGUGGGCAGAUACCUAUGGUGCUCUCCGCACUCGCUAUCGGUCUUGCGUCCAAUAUCUACGCCCGAAUCAGCCACGACCUCGCCGUCGCGCCGAUCCUGUCCGGUAUCCUGCUGCUGGUGCCCGGAAGUUUAGGCGUCAGGAGCACACUGGGGUUCUUGGGAAUAACCGCUGGCAGCGGAACAAAUUUCGCCUUCCAGAUGCUGAUUAUUGGCUUGAGCAUCACUAUCGGGCUUUUCGUUGCCACGCUGUUGGUGUGGCCCAUUCGUGGGCCGAAGCUCAAGUAUAUGACGUUUUGAGUUAGCUGGGGGUUUUGUUUCCCCGCUAAUAGACACUAGAAAAGGAGUACCCAUUUUUGGAAAAGCUCUUUGGCGUAGAGGUUGAACCGGCGUACUUUGUACAUGUAGCAUAUCUGACGCUUCAUCACUCCCUCACUCUCACUUUUUUAUUUUACUGGGUGUAAUGUUAUCCUGUAUAUAGAAAAGCGGACACUCUCGUAAAACACCGAUGAGUCGAAUUGUGGAGAGUUCAGGAUCUCUUAUAUUCGAUGCGUUCAAUAUAGGCUUGCCCAACA